AUGGCGUGGACUUGUAGUGAAUGUACUCUUCUAAAUUCAUCAAACGACUUAAUUUGUAUUGUAUGUGAACAAGGAUAUCGAUUAUUUUCUAUGGACACAGAAGAGAACGACUCAUUUAUGGUCAACGAUGCGACUCAAUCGAACGAAGUUGAAUCUCUCCUAACGUUUUCUGAUGAAAAUCAGUUCAACGAACAAAACAGUCUUUUGACGUGGGUGGAUGAAAAUUCGUCGAAUGUAUCAGAUAGUUCAUCGAGCAGUGAAGAUGAAUGUGAAGACAGUCAUCCUGAGUCAUCUCGGAAUCAAAGGGAUGUUUAUGUUCGACAUGAUGGUAAACUUCUACAUGGACAAGACGCGACUGAUGAACGUAAACGAUCAAUUGCGAAACGAAAAGCAUUAGAUAUACAAAAGUUAUUAGAAGCAGAAAGACCGUCUACGUUUUCCAUCAACGUUUUGAGAGCUUCUGCGACUCCUGCAUCGACACACGCGUUUGGGCUAAUAUCAAAAGGUCAGUUUAAUGCAAUGACGGCUUAUGCCAAAGGUGUCAAUGCAAGCGCUGGUGCAACAGCACAAGUAGCUCCUAUUUCAGUAGCAAAUGCAUAUGCUACUGGCGUCAACGCCUCGGCUUCUGCUUCGGCUUCUGCAGUGCGUGUCAACGUAUUAAAUCAGAAUGUAAGCGGUUUGAGUACGUCUGCUAGUGUGAAUGCCGAUGGAGUAAGUGUUGCAGCUGGAAAUGUUAGCAUAACUGGAGCAGAAGCUGCAGUAUCUGCAUCCGCUUCAGCAGCUAGAGUCACUGUUGGUAACGUCGAUAUAACUGGAGCUAGUGCUGGUGCCAGUGCAAAAGUCAACGGAACUGGUGUUACUGCUUUCAAUGCCUGUGUCGGUGGUCCCAGUGCGGCUGCUUCUAUUUCUGUCGAUGGAAGUUUAUCGUUCGGCAAUAUUAACUUAGGUCUUCGACCAUCUUUGGAUAUUGGUUUUGGAUUUAAUAUCGGAAUUCCGUUCUUGAGUGGUUCAAGGCUCGGAGGUGGCGGCGAUAACAAUAGCAAUGGCAACACAAACAACAGUGGUGAAGGUACUAAUAACAAUAAUAACGGAAGUAACGGUGCUAAUGCAGGCGGAUUAGCAGGUCUUCAACAGCGUUUGUUAGAGAAAUAUCCGAAUCGACGAUACUAUGCAAACCCUGUUGAUUAUCCAAUUACACGUAAUACAAGUGGUGAGCCGAUUGACCCCCUUCUACCGGAUGACAGUACACCACGAACUGAUAGCGACACUCCAAACGUUACCAAUGUUGUCAAUCGACACAACGAACUCGUUGAAAAUGGUAAUAAAUUUGUCGGAUUUAAAGGAACUCCACCAACCAAUAAUGCGCCAUUAGAGUCAUUACCAGCGAACAAUAAUGCCGGUGUUCCAGCACAAGCAGGUCCGGUUGAAGAAAGGAUGUGGAGUGGAAUGUACACUUCACCAUCGCCCGAUGUCGCCAAAGGUUACGCUGGUGAUGAUUAUGGCUGCCCAGGUACUAUCAGUCGUGUUUAUGUACCUAAAGAUGCUGCUGAACAUUAUUCCACAAAUAUCGGACUGGAGACAGCACAUGGAGAAGGAGCAUUGAGAGCAGUCAAAGAGCAUUCAAAAGGUAAAUACAUAUUCAGUGGUCCUCAAGAUUCAAAGAAUCCUGAUUUAUUUGCUCCUGAAACGGUUAUUUCACCUACUGUACGAAAUGAAACGUUGUCAGCUGGAACCAUGAAGUUUGAGCCUUCAGCCCACGAGAUUGAUCAUUCUUCGUAUAGAUUUAAGAAAUAUCAUACUCAAGAAUUGAAAUGCUCAAAGAUAGUUCCAGAUUACAUCGUUGGCAUUAAAACUGCGGACGAUUGUGCAAGAGAUGGUGGUCGUGAACGUCUUGCUCACGUUUUUCAAGGUCAACAACCACAUAUUCCUGAUAAUGAUCCACCAAAAAAGAAAGAAUUGAGUGAAGAUGAUAAAUUAUUAUUGGAUGAAUGCAAGAAAUUAGGAAUAGAAAUUUCUCCAGAUAAGUUAGAUAAAUUAAAGACGAACAUAAGAAGUGAUGAAGAAUACGAACGUGAAGAAGAUGCCCAGAAUCGAAAUACACAAGGAAAUUCCAAUAUGAUCGCUGGUGCAAACACUAGAGAGCGAAAAGAAAGCGAACAGAAACCAGAAGAAACCGAAAACAAUCCACCAGAACCAUGUAAAAAUCAUGCAAGUAACGUUCGUUGUAUGAAAUGUAUGGUUGGCUCAUCUGGACCGCGCAUUCGUAAUAUUCGUGGUCGUAUAUUUGGUUUCGAUUCCAACAAAUAA